UGGAGAAAAAAAGAUAGGAUAAAGCAGGAUAAAGUAUUAUUCUGGAAAUAAAAUGAUGACGCCAGUCUGUGAGUGCCACCUAAUAUUCCUAUUCAAAACUUAUUAGCAAAUUAUUCUCUCCUGUGUUAAGACACGCUAACAUUUUUUGCCACUAUUGAUAUGCAACAAUAGGCCUACUAGAUAACCUGUUAAGAAAUGUUAAACUUUGCAGUUACAUGAGUGAAAUAUAAUAAAUUAUCACGUUACAUUUUGUAUACAUCAUGCCUCAUAAUGGAAUGAAUUCCUGAUGAUGACAUAAUUAAUGUCGAAAUCGAUGGCGUGCAUGCCUUAUAAUUGUGACAAAAAUGUCGAUUAACUUGUUGCAUAAACUAGAAGAUACAUGGAUUAAUUGCGUCAUAGUUCAGACUAAUUGUAACAAAUUAUAUUUCAAUGUAGAGCAGGUAUAAACACCAAGUUCUUUUAUAGCCUAUUAUUUCACAUAACAAUACGCGCCUAACAUCACAUUAUCUGCAGGAAUAACAGGAUAAAUUAAGCCUAAUAGAAUAGAUUCAUUCGUUAGCCCUGGUCUAAUUCCUCCAUGGUUAGACUGAUAUGGAAUCCAGACGAUUUUAUCAAGUGAGCUGGAGCAAAUGAUUAUUAUCAAGUAAUGAAUAGCCUACAGCACAUAAUUUUUAAAUGUCAUAAAACUACGAAGUAAAUGCGGUAAAUUACGGUAUGAGCGGAAAGUGAAGACGUGACGAUGGCAAGAGGGGCGCUAACUCGCAAAAUAAGAACUACUGGGACAAUUACAAUGGCAACCCUAAAGCCUGUACAACGUGUUGCUCUACUAGGAGGUGUUCAUGGCAAUGAGAUGUCUAGUGUAUUUGUUGCUCAAAAAUUUAUGAAGGAUCCUACUGACAUCACAAGGAGCUCAUUUAAAACUACGGUUUUGAUGGGAAAUCCUAAGGCUGUUGAGAAGUGCACUAGAUACAUAGAUGAGGACCUAAUUUUUCACUUUUCUAAAGAGAAUUUGAGGGGUAAAAAUACUGAUGUAAGUCAUGAAGUGCAGAGAGCAAGGGAGGUGGCCACUGCUUUAUCGAAAGACUUCGGCAGUCCCGAUGUAGUCCUGGACAUGCACAACACAUCAGCAAACAUGGGAAACUGUUUUAUAAUUCAGGACAAGCAACAAGUUCUCGCCUUGCAUAUGAUUAACUACAUGGUAAAGAAAGCUAUUCAUAAAGCUCCUGCACAUAUACUAUGUAACCCAAAAGCUGUACACAGCUUUAGUAGACAUCUUGCACCAAAUGGUAUUACUCUGGAACUAGGCCCACAACCUCAUGGUGUCUUACUGGCUGAAAAUUAUCAAAGAAUGCAAGAACUUGUCAUUAAUUCUAUGGACUUUUUGGACGCAUUCAACUCAGGUGCCAUGUCAGAUUCAUUUCAAACAGAUGUGCACAUCAUCAUGGAGAAGAUUGAUUUCCCACGGGAUUCUGAUGGCAAUAUGACAGCAAUGAUUCACCCACAGUUGCAGGACAGAGACUGGGAAGCCCUUAAAACUGGCGAUCCGAUUUUCCUUACUUUCAAUGGCAAGACAAUCUACUAUGAUGGUCAGGAAACAGUGUAUCCAGUAUUUAUCAACGAAGGUGCAUUUUACGAAAGACAUAAUGCAUUUUGGCUUACAAAGAAGGAAAUAUUUAAUGUUCCAGCUAUAAAAGCUCAGUAAAAAGACAUCUUCUGCUUUACACAGUACGGGAACAUACACAUUAUAGGUGAAUAGAAACUGUACUCUAAUAUUGAAACAAAGCAUAAAUCGCAACAAAAGGUUUCUUAUCAGUUAUGAAAAAGUAGUGGUGGGUCUCGAAACUGCAACCUCUUUUUUUCUCUUACAUCUUCAAAUUGAUAGGCCUCUUUCUGCCUUCUUUGUUUCAAAAGCUUUAUAUAAACUGGAAUAAAACUCAUGGUGGAGCUUAAACUGUAGCUUAUUACACCUAUACUGUUUUGUUUACAUGUGCAGCGUCAUAAGCAAUACUAUUUCCUCACCAAUUGGCAGACGCAUAAAUAUGGUUAAUCAAUCAAUCAAACCAAGAAACACCGAAAAUUCCUGUAAGUAGAGGUUCAAUAUUUCGUGCGUAGGUUACUUUCUAAAUUGGCUGGCAGAAGUUUCCUAUUGUAAAUCAGCAAAAACUUGUUAAAAUAUAUGUUUUAUUUGAAGUCGAGAAGUUAUUUGAUACUUUUAAUGAGCAUUUGAUUAUUUUGGGGUCGUCCACUAAUUGAUUACUGUAUAUAUAUAGGCCUAAAUAGCAAAACAAUAUGCAUGCAUUAUAUACUCUACAUGCUACUAUGUUAAGGAUGAAAUGUUUGAAAGAGGAAAAAUAAAUAGAUAUUUGCAUUGGGUAUGUGUUUUAUUUUAAGUCGGGAAGUUAUUUGAUACUUUUAAUGAGCAUUUGAUUAUUUUAGGGUUGUCCACUAAUUGUUGUAUUAUUAGUAUAAUGGCCCAAGUUUACAAAUAUGAUUACUGUAUACAUAUAAAAAAAAUGAAAUGAAAUGUUUGAAAGAGGAAAAAUAAAUAGAUAUUUGCAUUGGGUACGUAACAUUGGGUUAUGUGUUUUAUUUGACGUCGGGAAGUUAUUUGAUACUUUUAAUGAGCAUUUGAUUAUUUUAGGAUUGUAAACUAAUUGUUGUAUUAUUAGUAUAAUGGCCCCAGUUUACAAAUAUGAUUACAUAAAUAGCAAAACAAUAUGCAUGCAUUAUAUACUCUACAUGCUACUAUGUUAAGGAUGAAAUGUUUGAAAGAGGAAAAAUAAAUAGAUAUUUGCAUU